GAGCGGUGCAUGCAGUAAAGCAACUUUUACAAUGAAAUCAGAAAAAAUAUUUCUGCUGUUUUUUCUGUUACCAAUUAUAACAGUUGAGACAGGAGUCUUUGACUUUAUCAAUGUGUUUCAGGACAAAGAUGAUUUACGACCUUUUGAUUAUUUGGAGUUUGAGGAUGAUCUAAAGAAGUCCUUAUAUGGGCAGCACAUUGCAGUGGAAUUGAUACUGGAAGCUGUAUUUUGGUUUAUGAAAACUCCAAAUCCAUCAAAACCACUGGUCCUGUCUUUACAUGGAUCAACAGGAGUGGGAAAAACUUAUGUCACCAAGAUCAUUGCAAGAAAUAUUUAUGAAAUGGGGGAAAUGAGCAAACAUGUCCACACAUUCAUAGCCACAUAUCACUUCCCAUACCGAGCCAGGACAGGGAUGUAUAAAGCUCAGCUUAAACAGUGGAUUUAUGGAAAUGUAUCAAGUUUUCCUCGCUCCAUGUUUAUAUUUGAACAAACAGAUAUGCUCCCACAUUUGAUUGAAGCCAUAAAACCUUUCCUGGAAUGCAGAAACCAUGUAGAUGGAGUGUCAUUCAGGAAAGCAAUCUUCAUUUUUAUCAGCAAUGCAGGUCAGACGAUGAUCAAUAACAUAUCUCUGAAUUUCUGGAGGGAAGGUAAAGGCAGAGAAGAACUACACAUGAACAGCAAGGGAAUGGAGACUCAAACUUAUCAAGAUAUCUUCAGCAAUAAAUACAGUGGAUUUUGGCAUUCAUGUCUAAUAGAUGAACACCUGGUGGAUGAUUUCAUUCCUUUCCUUCCUCUGGAACUGAAGCAUGUACGUCAAUGUGUUCUGGCUGAAAUGGCCAAUAUGAACAUCAAUAAAGACCAGUACCCUGAUCUUGCAGACACAGUGGCCAGACAGAUGCUCUUCUUCCCUCCAGAGGAAAAAAUCUUCUCUGUUAAAGGCUGCAAGACAAUCAAAAAGCUGUUAAUGAUGUAUCUUGAUCAAUAGAUGAAAGACUUUUACAGCCCUUAUCUACUGUUGAUUAAUAAAAAGUGGAAGUGAUAAUGUGCCAUGCAGCCCCAGAAGACAUUUUCGUUUUUUUUAUUCCAUUUUUUUACAGAGUGACUGUAAUUGUGUUUUAUAAAAUUUCAGACUGAA